AUGCGAACGUUUAGAUCCACAAAUUGCUUGAAAAGCAUUGACGCUACAGAUUUUGAGAUUAUUCACAGGGGAAACUGUUCAACUACUACAAAUGAGAUAAAGAACAUGCUGGUGAUAGUAACAAAGGAUGAUGAAGAAAUUUUGAAGACGUAUGUCAUUGACAUAAAUCUUGAUACAGAAGAUGAAGAAUUAGAUUUGAGUGUCGUUCAAGCUCUAAGAGAGUAUGUUACAAUCCAAAACGAAACUGUUGUGCUUAAAUAUAAAACUUGCAUUACCAAUCUGGAAAGUCUGCUGAACUACAUCAAUGAACAGCUCGCCAUUGAGAUCUUUAUUUAUGUUGAAAUGAAAAGAUUACAAAAUUUAGUGAACAACCUGGAUAUUACCACCAUACCAGCAUUGGUGUUUCUCUUAAAUGAACUAAUCUUGUUAUUAGAUUGGUAG